CACAUCGGCUGUGUUGUUUCCGGUCUUAUGGCCGACUCACGCACGAUGAUCGAUAGGGCGCGCGUGGAAUGUCAGAAUCAUUGGUUUGUUUAUAACGAAAGGAUGACCGUAGAAUCCUGUGCACAAGCUGUCUCAAAUUUAGCAAUUCAAUUUGGCGAUUCAGACGAUGACGGUGCGGCAAUGUCACGGCCGUUUGGUGUAGCGAUACUUUUUGCGGGUAUUGAUGAAAAAGGUCCUCAGCUCUAUCAUAUGGAUCCUUCUGGUACAUUUGUUCAGUUCGAUGCCAAAGCCAUAGGAUCUGGCUCUGAAGGGGCUCAACAAAGUUUACAGGAAGUGUAUCAUCGUAGUAUGACUUUAGCAGAAGCAACGACCGCGUCUCUCACCAUUUUAAAACAAGUCAUGGAAGAGAAAUUGAAUUCUACCAAUGUAGAGGUGAUGACAAUGACGCCUAAGGGAUUAUAUCAUAUGUUCACUAAGGAAGAUGUUGAAGAGGCUUUAAAAAAUGUAGCACCAUUGGAACAGUCUCGAGGUGAUACCCCAGCUACAGGAUCCGGUGUGCAGGCAAAAACCAGUAGUGCUUAAUUCUUCACAUUAUUCUAAUAUUUUGUCAACUUUUUGCAUUUUGUUUUCUAAAUAAAUAAUGAACUGCA